UCUCUGCUGACAGCUCAAAGGCAGACCCUGCCACUUGUUGCUCCUCAGCCUCUACACUUCUUUGGCUCUUGCAGCAACCCUCAGCCACCCUCUUCUCUUAAGCUGCUGGGUUGCCUGGCUCACCGGCCCGGAGGAGAAUCAUGGUUGCCACCUGCUUGCACCUCACGGGAUUUGUGGCUAGCUUUGUCGGCUGGAUUAGCAUGAUUGUGGCAACGUCCACCAAUGACUGGGUCGUGACUUGCGGCUAUACCAUCACCACCUGCAGGAAGAUGGAUGAGCUGGGGUCCAAAGGGCUGUGGGCAGACUGUGUCAUGGCAACGGGCCUCUAUCACUGCAAACCACUGGUGGACAUCCUCAUAUUGCCAGGGUACGUCCAGGCAUGUCGGGCUCUGAUGAUUGCAGCCUCUGUUUUGGGACUGCCAGCUGUUUUUCUUCUGGUGACUGUCCUGCCUUGCAUCCGGAUGGGCAACGAACCUGGAGUGGCCAAGUACCGGCGUUCCCAGCUGGGAGGAAUCCUGCUAAUACUCCUGGCUCUGUGUGGCGUUGUGGCUACGAUUUGGUUCCCCGUGAGUGCUCACCGUGAAACCAUGAUCAUGAGCUUUGGAUAUUCCCUUUACACGGGUUGGAUUGGGUCCGCUCUUUGCCUUUUCGGCGGGUGCAUAAUUGUCUGCUGCUCAGGUGAUGCGGAAACAUUUGGCCAGAACCGUUUCUACUAUGCGUCUGGAUCCAGCUCCCCAACCCAUGCUAAAAGCGCCCAUGUAUAAAUGAUCUUGAGACUUCCUGCGCCUUUAUCACCAAAUGUUUCAAAACGGGUGGAUGGGUUUUCUUUGUGCUCCAGGUGUUGCGCUUGCUUGCAUCUUUGCGCACAGGUUGACCGCAUCCCUUGCAGAAGAUUUUUAAAGAAACAGUGUGAUAUUUCUUAAGCAAUAAACUCCACCAGUUUGCCUUAAUAGAAACCUGUAGCAAAAAAAGACCAGGUCAGCCCUUAUAUAUGUCUCACUGCCCAAGGCUUAUAUAUUCACUGUUGAAACAAUAAACUUUUUCCUCUUUCCUCCUUCUCCCUCCGUCUAGGAAGGUAGUUAACAAAUACACACCUGGAUUGUUUGAAUUGCCAGUCUUUUUCUCAGAAAAAGUGACCAAAUACCACUUCCUUUCCCUACUGCCCCAGAUUCAAGGUCAUCUUUUGGGGGCAAAGUUACAAUGAAAGGGAGAGGAAGAGACCGUACUUUCCCAUCUGCACAAAUGUUUUCUUUUUCAUGAGAUUAGGGAGUAAUCUCCUUGCUUUCUCGGCAAACGUUUUUAAGGAAUUUGAUCACUUUAGUAACAGUGUUUUUGUCUAAACGCAUCAGUAUGAAGGAGAUGAAGCGAAAAGUUUCUAAUUGCAAGGUAAAUAACAGAACACUUGUACAUAGCCUUAAAAUACAUGCGAUGGGGCUGCUCCCCACAACCUCCCUUUCUUUUGUACAGGUUUGUUGCUAAAUGUAGUUUAUUUUUAUUUUUUACUUUGUUCCAAUUAAUUUGUAUUCUGACAUGCACUAUUGAAGUGGAACUUAUCUUAAAAAAAAAUUACUAUAAUCUAUCAGUUGCCAGUUCUGUGAAAAAAAUCCAAUGAAUACUGAUGAUGCUUUUGGUCUUUAAGUGAAAUACUGUAAAAUACACAGAAAUAAAUGUUGAAAUUACUAGUUUA